GGUUCAAAGAAGAGGUGCGAUCAUGGCAGUCAGAGUACAUCAAUAAGCGAUACAAAAAACCAGUAUUUGGAUCACGUACUAUUACAUGCGAAAAAGAUAUAUGGGUUGCAGCAGAAAUAAAUAUCCAUGAUAUUCUAACACCACUAGACAGAUCAAUUUGCUUUCUAGAUGGCCGUGCUUUGGAAAAUAUGGCUGGAGAGCCAGAUUUCAUAGUGGUUGAUGAAAACUACAAAGCACUUAUACCCUUUGAAUAUAAAACAAUAUGGGUUUUAAAGGUGCCUUCUAAUAAUAACAUUGUAUCACUUUAUCUUUGGGAAAAGAAGACUCGAAAGGGAAAAUAUGCAGGUCCAAAAGAUACUACAGUUUACGAACCUAUAAAUCAAAUUUAUGGAUAUAUGUGUGCCAAUAAAUUACGUUAUGGAGUAUUAUCAACGUUCAAUCAAACAUGGUUUCUUAAAAGAGGUGUAAAGGAAGAUCAAGGGUGGUUGCAAACAUCAGAUGUCAUUACUAACACAUCAACAGACCCUACAUUGCUCAAAUCAGUUGCCUAUGUAAUUUUCAUUGCCACUAGUAAUCAAUAUUCACCAUUCAUUGAAAAGCCUGCAAUGUUUGCUGUUAAAGAGUUAUCUUCUGAUACAUCAGAUGAAGAACAAAAGGAUGAUAAAGAUCUUAAAUACAAGGGAAAGAAAAACACACCUUCAAAAGGGCUAAAUGUUAUAACCUGA